GGGCGCGGUGGGGGACACGGCGGCCGCCGCGGGGCUCGACCGGGCAACGGCGGCGGCGGCGGCGGCAACGACGACAAGUCCUUCUCUUCCCUCACCCCCUUGCUCCUUUUUCUCUUCCUCCUCCUUUCCUUUCUGGCCGGCUCUCGUCCACUUCCCCUAGAGGCCGCCCGGAUCCUACGUAAAGGCAUGCCUUCCCCGCAUCUCAGGGAAAACAGGGUGCAAGCCCAGAAACUAUUUGCCCACCACCACUUGUUGAAACACGGAUUUUGAAAGCGUCUCCGGUUGGAACCAACGGAAAGUGCCAGGAUUUCAUGCAUCUCUGGUCUUGCGCUGGGACCCUUUACUAGUAAGUAUCCAGACGGAAAAAACUGGAAACUCAUCAGAACCUUAUUCAAAGUCAAAAUGGAAAGAUUUGUAGUGACAGCACCACCUGCUCGAAACCGUUCUAAGACUGCUUUGUAUGUGACUCCCCUGGAUCGAGUCACUGAGUUUGGAGGUGAGCUGCAUGAAGAUGGAGGAAAACUCUUCUGCACUUCUUGCAAUGUGGUUCUGAAUCAUGUUCGCAAGUCUGCCAUUAGUGACCACCUCAAGUCAAAGACUCAUACCAAGAGGAAGGCAGAGUUUGAAGAGCAGAAUGUGAGAAAGAAGCAAAGGCCCCUAACUGCAUCCCUUCAGUGCAACAGUACUGCACAAACAGAGAAAGUCAGUGUUAUCCAGGACUUUGUGAAAAUGUGCCUGGAAGCCAACAUCCCUCUUGAGAAGGCUGAUCACCCAGCCGUCCGUGCUUUCCUGUCCCGCCAUGUGAAGAAUGGAGGCUCCAUACCUAAGUCAGACCAGCUGAGGAGAGCAUAUCUGCCUGAUGGAUAUGAAAAUGAGAAUCAGCUCCUCAACUCACAAGAUUGUUGACCAGGAGGUUACCAUCAUUGUGAUCGAGAUUAAAUAAUGUGGAGUGUUAAAGUUAUGUAUUGAUUAUAUGGUUCAUUUUUAUAUUUAUUUCGUUUAAAAAUCAUGUGAUGCAAAAUAGUUUUUCAAUGUGUAUAUAGUUGCAAGCAAAAACAAAAAUUCACCAUAAAACUUACUGUUAAUUUUAGUCACCAAUGGUAUAAAACAAAACUUAAGGUUUAAAGUGUGCUAGAAUACCUUAAACCUGAUGGUUAUCUUUAAAGUUGAAGGUUUUUCUCCUGAAAUAUUUGUGCAUGGAAGAACUGCCCUGCUGUUUUACCCUAUUGCCAUGUAUGAUUAUUCCUUGUGAGAGUACUUAAUUACUUGGAUUGAAGACUAGCCUAGGAAAUUGAAGCUGCUGCCAGGCAACACCACUCACAGUAACUUAAAGGAAUUCUUUCUGAUUAGAGGAUCCUCCUCAAAAUGGAAGCAGUGGUGGUAAACUGUUCUUGUAUAUUCAGAUCCCUAGCAGAAAAUGACUGUUUAUUUCAAACUAUGCUUUACUUUGUAUAUGAUGUAGUUACUUAGCUAUCCUUCAGUUCCUCACUGUAUUUUCCCCCCUUUUUAAAGGCUUAUUGUUAUAUUUAGUAACAACUUCAAGUGACCAAAAGACUAAAAUCUUUUAAUGUCAGUGCCAAAAGCCAUAGGGAAUUUUGCAGUGACACAAUUUUAGUCUCUUAACAUAAACACAACAUUUUUGAACCAUAGCUUUCAUUUCAAGCAUCAUCUUGAGUUUGUAAGCUUUUUUUUUAAUGUCUUGAUGUUAAAAGACACCAGGAUUAUCAUUUCAAUUUAAACAGGUAGACACUUUAUUGAGUUUUCUGUUCUUACAGAAAACUAGUAAUUUUUUGCUGACAGAUCAGAAAAUAAGGAAAUUACUUUCUAUAUAUUAAUUUUUCCAUAUGGUUUCAUAAGAGUUUAGUUGGGAUAAGUAGACUAGAAACAAGUUUACUUUCACUUUUAUGUGCUUUGCCUCUGGUGGUACAAGGCUUUUAAAUGGAUGGUAAACAUUGUCUAACAGUACAAGAUUUUUGUAGUGGAGAUCUGGCAGUAUCCUGUAUAACUCUUUGGGUGAGGAAAUAAUUAGUUCUGUUAGAGGUCAACCAUGUUCAGGAAAUGAUCUCUGUCUGAACCUCACUAUCUUUUAAGGUUAUCAGAGACCCAAAUUAUAUUUUUUAAAAACUAAACAGUGAAAACUUGGAGUAUAGCUUUAAAAAACUCUUAAAUUCUUUGAACGCAUUCAAGUUAAAAUACUUAUAUAUUUCUAUUACAAGCACUGACAAAUGAUGCCCUAUGUUAACAGCAGGUAUUAUAUUUAAGGUUAUUUUACCACAAAUCUUUAUUUAAAAAAGAAAAGCCAAAGUAAGUAAGUAACAAGGUUUAGAUUUUAUAUUUUUCAGAAACAGCUUUCCAUUUCUAAAUUUCUUUUACAGACUUAAGUUCCUAGCUCAGGUUGUCCAAGUGUCCGUCUGAUACUAGAUUUUAUGUGGAUUUUUUUAAAUAAGCCUGCCACCAAAAAUAAGAAAAAAAGGUCCCCUGUCAAAAUUUGAAUACCAAUUUUCCUCAUGUUCAGUUAUAUUAAAGUAGCACAAUAAAUUCCUAGAGUAGUGCUCUCAUUGAUAAAGCACAUACAUCAGAAGACCAGCAGCAAAACAUAACCAAAAUGUACUUUUUUUUUUUUUUACUUCCUCUAGUAAAGAAUUUGCAGGCAACCAUGUUUAAUUUGAAUUAUCUAUGAUGGUAAAAAGUCUUAAGAAGCUAGGAAAGUAAUUGAGUUUUAUAGCGCUAUUUUCAGAAUACAAAAAUAAGGUUAGAUAUGCAAUCAUUCUAAUUUUUCAAAAUACCAUGUGAUUUAGACUGCUCCCUAUUGUUUGGGUAUUAAUUUGCACUGAAAGCUAAUCUAUAGUGGCAGAACAGUUUUCAGUAGUCUAAACUAUAAACUGGAUGGCAUUCCACUGGAAAAACACCAAUAAUUCACAUUUGAGUUUCUAGUAAUUACAGAUUUGAUGAUCAUUUAGGUCCCAUAUAAAUGUAUUUCACCAGGCUCCAAACUAUUCCCACACACACCAUAUAUAGGGGCAUAAUCCAUCCUCCUGCUAUGAUUAUAUCAUGUCCUUAGAAGAGUUUUUCAUCCUUUUGUGGAGGUUUAAUAUGUUCAUUAUAAAACUUCGUUCCCUGAGUCUGGUUAACCUUGUCUCAUAGUUAAAUAGAUAAAGCAGAAUGAUUGUUUUAGCCUGCUCAAACGUACAAAUCUGUGAAACGAUGGUUGGCAUAUGUUAACAAAUGAGAAUAUCUAAGAAGCAUAUACUGCUGUCAAGGUAUAGUGGACGUGUGUUCUGAAGUUUUAAAUCUUAACUAUGUAGUGUUAGCGUGAUACUAUACUAUUUGGGAAAAUAGCAUUUUCUAUUUUAUAAGUUGUAUGCAUAAACAAGAUAUGUAAUAUUUCAUUUAUAAACUGCCUUCAACACAUGCUUACCUGUUAAUAGUGUUUUCUUGAAAUAUAGUAGUAUGUCUUCCAAAAUUUCACUUUAUGCUUACAAUAAAUAGUUCCUAGCUAGUUGAAAUGUUAAAUUCCUUAUUGGUUUCUUUUGAUUCUAUGGGGCAUAUAGCAAGCCUAAAGGACAUUGUAAUCAUUUCUUACGGGGUGAAAAUCUAGAAAAAUUGUGUAUGAGAGCCUAAAUAGUUAUUUUAUUCAUUAUCAUCUUUGGGUUAGACUUCUUUUUCUUAACAAAUGCUACUUCCAGUUAAUGCAUUUGGCCCUACUGAAUUUUCAGGGACCAAAAAACUUCAAAGAAAAAGUUGUGCAUCUUAAAAUUGUAACCAAUUAAGUAUUGGCUUGGGAUUGUUCUGAAGUAUUUAUUGCUUAAAAACUAUUGUAAGUAACAGUUGGCAAGAACUCUAAGCAGAAAGUUCCAUGUUAAAACUUUUGCCUGGAAGAAUUUGUAUGUGAAUGUUAAUGGAAAACACAUUUAAACAAAUUUAAAGUGGCUAUAAAUGAAAGCCACAGAAAAUAAUUUGGUGCUUAGUCUUUGUAAGGGCUCUCCAUGGUUUGACUUGCCCCAACUGCUUUUAAAUGAGUACAUAUCACCUUCAUUAAAUAGAAGAUUCAUUCUAUAAUUUCACUGGAAAUACUAGCCUAAAAUAAAUUGCUUUAGCAUCUGGUCAGCAAUGAUUAAAAUGUGAAUAGUGAAGUGGCUAUCUUAAUUAAACCUUGGUUUAUCUGAAUCCAUACUGUCAUAGACUUCUGAGGUAAAUACAAUUCUUACCUAGUAUUCUACUUGUAUCCAGAAUACUGUAUUCAUUAAAAUUUACUGUGUUCA